CACCCAACCACACCUGUGCCUACUCUGUCUGAGCCAACAUUCGCUCUUAAGACCUAAACACUCAGUAUCCCAUUAUGACACACAACGAGCCUAAUAUUGCUCAGAUUCAUCAGCACUUGUUCAAUCUAUUGUCGCCUAUUCAUGAACGGUUUGGUGCUGCUACGGCUCGGGACCUCUGGAACAUAAAUUUCCUGCCAUUGGUCCAUAUAAAGAAAGCCAAAGCAAUGGUGAGAAGGUAUGAGGAUAUGACCAAGCCAGUGGACUGGGAUAACCUACCUGCUUGGAUAGAGCAAGUAGUUAGCGCAGUACGUUUCGAUUCUAUGCAGUUAGCUGAAGGUCUAAAAGCCCUACGCAUAGACACAAAGCCGAGCUCAAGCGAUUCUAAGACUCUCAUAAGUCUCAUAGAAUCAAGCCCUUUCGCACGACAGUUACGACGUGCGUUAGGUCCGAAUUGGGCUACGUGGGUAAAGAACAACAGUUUUAAUGUAGAUAUGCCAAUCUCCCACUUGCCCAAGUUUCGCGAUCAGGCAUUGAAGCUGGCAACUCAGGUUAUCAUGGACUGGGAGAGCCUUCUAACUUCAAAGACCACUGGGAAACUUGAUAUCCUCCGACAACGUUGGGACAGGUUAACAGAAGGACAAAGGAAACAUUGGCUGAAGCGAGAGUUCGCUUACCUUUUUGAUCUCCCACAUCCGGAGAUAUAUGGAUGGAUUCGGUCUACAAAUCCAGAACGUUCAACUCUCCCGAAAGGAUUUUUCAUGAUGGCCUUGCUUAACCUCGAGGACUUGUGUAAAACACUCCCAGAUUUUCUUGAAACCCGUGCAGCCUGGCAUCCUGGCUUCUUCCGAACAAUUGACAGUCGUUCCCUUCCGCUGGGCUAUUACGCCGGAGGCUUAAAGCUGCGCGUGCCAGGAGCGAUGAAAUUCUUUUCAGACACAGCAGUAUCAUACAUCCAAUUCGAAGACAAGUACGACCAUGCGCAGGCCCAGCUAGUGCGCACCGACUUGGGCCUUUACCAACUUGGGGCACAGCAAAGAAUAUACGCCUUCCUUUCGUCGUGUCCCCAGAAAUUUGUGGACUUAGCUGCCUUAGAAUGUCCAUCGCAAGAUAGUAUUCAUCAAUCUUCUUCUCUUUUCAAUCAAGCUUCGCUCUUGGAUUUCCGCGGCCAUCCAAAUCGCGUCGAUCUAGACUAUUUGGUUCAUCUUACGACCGCUUUACGAGACGAAGCGAUGGAUCAUCUACGGCAACUUAGAUCAGACCCGGACUCAUUCAUUGAGUAUUGGAACGAAACUUCUGGACAAGGUUCGGAGCGAGUCUCAAAUCUACUGCAUACGUUGUUCUAUCGGAUCGAUACCUUCCAAUCUCUCAGUCACCAUCUUGAUGAUGUCAAGAAGCGCAUUCCGACUGAAAAUGAAACCGCUGAGAACUCCAAUACCGCACGUGCAUACCCUUCCAAUCUAAUGUCCUUAUACACGGCAUUCCAGUCAUGCCUCACUGAAACUGUCCAAGAGCUUGCUCGAAGUUCGUGGUCACCGGAUAGCAACAGCGUGUUUUCCCAGUUAUUUAACAUGGCGAAGGAGCUUAAUCCAGUAAUCUGGAUGAUGGGAAUCCCAUCGGUUAUGCGAGUGAUUGAUCGAGAGAUUAGGGCAGAUGACUUUGGCAUGAGGAUCCCUGUUACAGUCAUGCAAGCACUGAACGAUAUUGCUAUCUUAGCUGUUUGCACUCGGGAGACAUGGAAGCACUAUACUUUCGUAGUAGACGUGCAUGCUCAUAUUGACAAUGUUAACGACCUAGAGAUUUGGUGGGCGAAGCGGUCACGACCGUGGACUAUGCUCGCUGAGCGAGCCUCUCUAGCAAUGGGUAAUGACGAUCGCUCUAAGCUCGAGAAACAUACCCGCCGUAAGGAUAUCGACAAAUACGACCGAAUGUGUCAAUUUUGGGAUAGUGUUGAUAACUCUCUAAGAGCCGAGACUGUAGAAGAAGAAGAGAUAGUCGAACUGAUAAUGCAUAGCCUACCAAGACACACAUUGCCACUAAAGUCUUGACAUGGGUGGCUAAGUUCAGAUACCACACAUGAGGAAGUCACUUUGACGCAGAUGCGGCGAUCAAAGAAACGUCAGUCUUUUACGCCACACGCUCCUCUGCCCAUCACAAAGUCACUGAAUCCGGUAUCGUCGGAUUCAAUUCCCAUAGUGAGGCCCACGAAGAACAGGAAAUUUUGGGCUGCACUGUUGGCACGCUCUUCGG